CUCGCUGUGUGUUUAGAUCUGGUGCGACACACCUGUGGAACAUGGACGGCUUUUUAAGGUGGAAGCUUACCCAGGGUGGCACCCUUCUGGGUGGAUCAUCUCUUCAGAAGCCCAUUUCUUCCUUCCAGUCAAAUAAAUUGCCAGAUGUCUGCUCCAGUUUCUAUUCAAUUGCAGAUGAACCCUUUCCACAAGUUUCUGGAUUUCUCGAUGACACAGUCGAACAGUCUUUCAUUGAUAAUGAGACCGGAACCGCUUUGAAUUCUCCUGCUUGCCUACCAUCGGAAAGGGUAACAAAACAUAAGAACGAGGUAGAUAUAGCACCAAGGAAUGAGACUGCCAACAUCUCUGAUCUUAAUGUUAUUAUGCCUGGAGUAUGUAGCCACUUGGCAGAUGAAAGCACAUCUAGUAAAUCACUGCAGAAUGAUAAAGACAUUACGAAUGUAACAGCAAGCAAAGUAGAAGGAAACAACAAUGAUUUUAGUAAUAUUCCUACAGUUUCCAUUACAUCUUUUGAGGAAUCAGAUUUCAUAAGUGCGGAGAAGAACAGUUCUUUUAAUGUGACUCAAGAUUUGAAGGAAAGGUGUGGAAUUAAUACAACAAACACUGGUAUUAAUGCAACUGUUGAUCUUCACGACAUUAAGAACGGCAAUUUUGAGUCUGUCCAGUCUCAGGAGCCUAGGGAGGGUCCUGAUGCUAGACUUAAUUCAACAGUAGAUAUAGAUGUCGCUCGUAUAAAAUCAGGUAAUGCCACUAUCGACCUGGUCCAGACACCGAACACUAAAGAAGAUUCUGACACAGGUGUUAAUGCUACUGUGGAUAUUCCUAAUCUGGAUUUUACGCAUGAUAAAAUUAAUUCAUCUAGUGAUAACAGUGCCGCCUCAAACACUACUACAGAACGGCCAAGUGAAAAACAUGACGUUACUUUAGAUAUUCACCCACAUGAGCUAGAAGAGGAGAAACGGGACGGAAACCCUGAAUCUACUAGGGAUGCUAAAAUAAAUAGUCCACUUACAAAGAUCUCAGAGGAAGCUUAUGUAACAGAUGAAAUUGUGGAGCAAACUGAAAGCGCUGCUCUUCAAGCCUCGGGUGAUAUUCAGUCAAUCUCUGUGUCUGUGAAGCCAGGUGAGGGAACAUUUACUAAACUUAACACAACCACUGAACUGGCUGUCCCAGACCUUCCCAUUUUAAAGAACACCACUAUAGAAAUCAAAUCCUCAAGCACAGAAAUGACAAGCCAGACUAGCGAUGUCUCUAAAUCGGUUAUGAGUAAUGCAGAAACGGUUUCUGAAAACAGAGAGGCAGAAGUUGAGACAAGCACCUCAGCAUUUGUUCACCCUGUAGAAACUCCCUCAGACUCCUCUAAGAUUAAUCUAGAUGAAUGCCCCCCAAAAACAUCAAAACCUGGUUUUGUUGACUCUGAGUGCAUUCAAAACUCCGAAACGGGAAACUUCAGCCGAAACAGUAUUUUUUGUCUGGAUGAUACGCUGGACAUGAAGACCAGCUUCAUGGUCACAUCCACGCCUAUCGUCUUUGGCAAAGAACCCAGGUUUGCAAUACUGAGAGACGCAAAGCCUACACCUAUGAGAAAAAGGCUCUCGGUGAUCAACAGUAUUGAGGCACAUUCAAGUGAAGAACUUGUUGGAACGAGCCAUCAUGAUGGGACCAUUGCCACAUAUGUGACUCAGAGCUCGAACCGUAGUCAGAAAGUCUCGACACAGUGCACUUCGGGUCACAGUACAUCAGAGCCAAUGAAUGAGAAAAAACCUCCAACAAAACCAAUCGUGAAAAGACAACUACCUCAACUCUCCUCCAAGAUCAGUCAUCCAAAAUCCGGUCUGCCACCAAGACCACAGUCAUCCAUGAACUCAUCACUAGCGUUCAGACCUAAAACGGUUCCAUUGCCAAAUGUAUCGCAUCAAUCUGACGCAUCAUCUUCUACUCUACCUGGCAACAAGAAGACAGGACAGCUGAAUAAAGCAAAGCACAUUGUCAAUUAUACAGCAUCAGUCGGCCCUUUUAAGACACCUGUGAUUUCUUCUGUGCCUGGGUAUACUUCCACAGCAGUUUCAAAACUUUCAAGCUCCGGUAUACCACAGAUGAAACCAUCAGGGCGACAGCCUCCAACUCGGAAAAGAAUGGCUCUCAAGACCCCACAGACUACACAAAACUCUGUUGAAACUGUUCAGCCUCCGUCCAGUAAUAAACCGUCAGGAUUACCAGGUAUGAGGAAGAGGAAUACACUGCUUCCCGGUCUGGCCCAAAAGCACUUGAGGAAUGAUGAUUUGCCUUCAGCAAAGAGAAAAAGAAUUGCACCUACUGUUCAUCCUACAGUAGUCAGUGAUGCUGUGCAACCAGCUGAAGCAGCCCAUGAGUCAGACUGUAUAAAUUGUUCAAAGCAUCACGAAAAACUUGAGAGGUUCCUUGAAGAGCUAGUGAGAUUACGAUCAGAGUGUAAAAACUGGGGACCAUUGCACGAAAAACUUGAGAUGUGUGUAGAGGAAUUAAAGAGAACUUAAGCAGG